CCCCUCCUAUGUUCCAUGUCAUUCCGUCCAGCGUGUCGUGCCAGGGGCGCAGGCAGAAACCCUCAUCGUUCGUGACACCUAAGACAGGAAGAAACAAAAUUAAUUUGACACUUGGGACAAGUCCCCAGCCCCACACUCCUCCUUGCCUCUACCCUAGCUCACCAUAAAUGUUCAUCCGAGUCCAAAGGGGCCCACAAAGCUCCUACAAAACAAGAAGGAAACACUGAACUGAGUCAUCAGGCAAUACUGUGCUCCUCAACUCCCACCACCACCUCACCUUGUCAGCCGCCAAUGGGCAUGCGGCUUCACCCCUCUGAGUUUGCCUGUGGCACCUGCAAAAACAAAGGCAAAUGACACAGCUGAUGUCGCUGACCCCUCAUCCCUUCUCCCCAGGUGGACUCAAAGCCUCUUUCCCCUCAAGCUUGUCCCUCCCAGCUUACCUAGGACUUUGGCUUCCCUGGGUACGCCAGCCUCUCUGUGGCAGUAUGUUUGUACACCCAGAGCCUGCCUGUCCCCAUUUUUGUCACCAAAGCCAGGCAGCGGGACAGAGCUGGCACGUGACAACACCAAACACAACACCUCGGGGACAGGAGAACAGGGUUGGCGGCUUCUCCCUCCUCCCAGGGACAGUUUGUUUGUCUGCCCCAUGUGACAGCAAGGCCAGAGUCUGUCCCCCCGGAAGGUGCCGUGGGGUGGGGACAAGGGUGGAGACCUGUCCCCAGCCCUGCCAGCACAGCAAAGCCCGGCUGCGUCGGGAUCCAGCACAGCUGCUGCCAUGGGGACGGUGACAGAACCCCACCAAGCCCCCAACCCCAGGGGACACUACCAGUUCCGUGUCAUCGUGCUGGGGGACGCAGCGGUGGGAAAGUCAUCACUGCUGCGUUGUUUUGCAGAGGGGACAGGUGGAGAGGACGUGGGGACGGCCACCCCCUGUCCCAUCAUCGGCGUGGAGUUCUACAGCCGCACUGUCCCUCUGUCACCUGCCGGCAAGGCCAAGCUGCAGCUCUGGGACACAGCCGGCCAGGAGAGGUUCAGGUCCAUCACCAGGUCCUUCUACCGGAGCGUGGUGGGGGUGCUGCUGGUGUUUGACCUCACUAACCGUGCAUCCUUUGAGCACAUCCCUGAGUGGUACUGUGAGGCCGUCGGGGACUGUUCCCCUGUCUUCAUGCUGGUGGGACACAAGUGUGACCUGGUGGCCGGGCGCGUCGUGUCAGCGGAGGAGGCUGGGGACCUGGCAGCCACCCUGGGCAAGGCCUUCGUGGAGACUUCUGUCCGUGGCAACCUCAAUGUGGAGCUGGCCUUCCAGACACUGGCAGGGGACAUCCAGCGGGCACUGGGACAGGGGACUCUUACCUCGCACUGGGACUGCGGUGGCAUCAGGCUCAUCCCCAGCCAGAGCAGCCUCUGGCCCCCAGCACGUGGGGAGCCCCAGGCAUGGUGCCAGUGCUGAUGGGGACAUGGGGGGGACAUGAGACCCUCCCCUGAUGGGUGUGGUUCUCUCUCCCUCCUCCUUGGGCUGCACCCCUUCCCAGCCUUGGGUUUAUUUCAAGCUUUAAUUUGGGGGCUCUGAAAAAAAUAAUAUCCUGUUACAAGAGUGCUUUUAAUAAAUCUGGUGCUUUUCCACGCUAAAUAAAGGUUGUGCUGAGCGCCAGACC